AUGUCCGAUAAAAAUCCUAGCCAAUAUGGCCUUCCAAAUCGUUUAUUGACUGGAAGAAUAUAUGGACGUAAAGAUAAUGACCUAGUAGAUAAUUCUAAAAAGCUAAUUGAAGGUUUAGAUUACAUUGAUGACGACAUUUUAAUCAAUGAAACACAUAUUCCAAAACAAAGUAUAUAUGACAACGAAACUCCUCAAAAAAGAACAUUGCUUCCUCCUUCUCCAAAUGUUUUAACGAUUAUCGGAAUAUUACCAAAUCAUUUAAAGACAGUCGUAAGAUUUUUCAAAAAUUUAGACGUACUAAUCGUAUUUGAUAAAGAGACAGUAACUGACCAGCUUGGAAACUGGGUUGUUGCUACUCUUAAUAAAAAUGUAGAAGAAAUCCCAGAACUUUCAGCAUAUACACAAUUUUCAGAGAGCGUAUUCGGAGGUUGUUAUGUUGGAAGAUACAGAGAAGAGUCUAUAUAUGCAAUUCCAGCUGAUAAUUCUAAUAAAAAGGAUAGAGUCAAUAUAUUUAGGCAUCAAAAGCGUGCAGAAGAUUUAACUACAGCCCCACUUGAAGAUAAGUCCUUAUGGAUUCUGUUUAGAGAAUUCGUUCUUGGACAAAAUGAAAUUAGAGUUAAAGAAUAA